AUGAAAGAUGCAGAAAACAAUAUUAUGAAGACUUCUGUUCGAAGAGAGCAAACAACGGAUGGUUUAAUCGAUUCGGAAAAUAUCAUGAGUAACCAUUCAUCCAAUCCAAAACCACCUCUUGUUCGACAAGCUACUAUUAACUAUAGUCGAACACCAAUUGAUGCUGAUGUUGUGAAAUUACCUGUACCUACUGGCGAACCAUCGAUCAACGUAGAAAAUGAUGCAAGUAUUUUAGGAGUAUCGGGAUAUUCAAUUCUUCGAUAUAUGUAUGCUACACUUAUUACCUACUCAUUCAUCGUUUCAUACAUGACAGGUUGUUGUUGGUAUACAAUACUUUUGUUCUAUUUUGUGGAAUAUUUUGCUUUUUACUUGUGGCAUUGGCAAGCUCAUAAUAGACUUUGGUGGAUACCAUUUAAUGAAGGUUGUUAUAAGAAACAUAAAGAACAUCAUUGGGAACUUUAUCCACCAAAUGAUUUUUACGGUGUACGAGAGCGACAGACUGAUCAAAUGAGUAGUCCUGCAAGUAGUGUUGAUCCAUUACCAAUAUCAUGGUGGGAUUACAUGCGUCACAAAACAUGGGUUUCUGAUCAUGAAGGUUUACUUAUUCUGCUAACAUUCAUUCAAUUGAUUAUUGCUCGUCUAGUUUUUCAUUGUUCGUAUUCGACGAUUGUAUGUGCCUUUUUCGGAUUCAUGAUCAUGGCAUUUAUUGGAAAUUGGCUUCAUCAUGCUUAUCACGUAGAAGAUCAUUGGCUCGAACGUUUUAAAUGGUAUCAUGAAUUACGCGCCCUUCAUUAUAUACAUCAUUUGGGUACGGCUAAACAUAACUAUGGAGUACUUAAUAUGACUCUUGAUAGAUUUCUCGGCUCGUUCACCUUCAGUGGUACCAAAACUAAUAAGACACAUCAAUCUCAAAACAAACGUCAAUAG